UACAACUUGUCACGGUCUCCACUUUUGUUCACUCACUUGUUUGUGGAGGAUUAAGUUCCACGAAGAACGGGUCCAUUUUAUUUAAGACUUUUGGAUUCUUUAUUUUAUUCACAUUGUUGCACAAAAAGAAAGUUGUUAAUUUGAACCUUUGUUGUUUUGUUCUCAUUGAGAAAAAGAUAAGGCAAAUAUGAGAGUUGCAGUGGUUGGUGGUGGGAUUAGUGGUUUGGUUUCAGCUUAUGUUUUGGCCAAAGGUGGAGUCAAUGUGGUUCUGUAUGAGAAAGAAGAUUACUUGGGUGGACAUGCAAAAACUGUUAAUGCUGAUGGUGUUGAUUUGGACCUUGGUUUCAUGGUCUUCAAUAGGGUGACCUAUCCCAAUAUGAUGGAAUUCUUUGAGAGUCUUGGAGUUGAAAUGGAAUUAUCAGACAUGUCAUUUUCUGUCAGCCUAGACAAAGGCCGUGGCUGCGAAUGGGGCAGCAGAAGUUUGUCCGGCUUAUUCGCACAGAAGAGAAAUGCAUUGAAUCCUUAUUUUUGGCAAAUGAUUAGGGAAAUUGUCAAAUUCAAAGAUGAUGCUAUAAGUUAUAUUGAUAUGUUUGAGAAUAACCCAGAUAUGGAUCACAAUGAGUCUCUGGGGCAAUUCCUCAAGUCAAGGGGUUAUUCAGAAUUAUUUCAGAAAGCAUAUCUUAUUCCAAUUUGUGGUUCUAUUUGGUCAUGCUCAUCUGAAGGAGUUUUGAGCUUUUCUGCUUUCUCAGUUCUCUCAUUCUGUCGUAAUCACCACCUACUUCAGCUCUUUGGCAGACCGCAAUGGCUAACUGUCAGAUGGCGCUCACAGAAUUAUGUUAAGAAGGUUAAAGAAGAGCUUCAGAGUAAUGGUAGUCAAAUAAUAACUAAUUGCGAGGUGGAUUUUGUUUCAUCAUCUGAAAAAGGAUGUGUUGUUUACGGCAAAGAUGGUUCUGAAGAAGUGUAUGAUGGAUGCAUAAUGUCAGUACAUGCACCUGAUGCUUUGAGAUUAUUAGGAGAUGAAGCAACAUAUGAUGAGAGAAGAAUUAUUGGUGCUUUUCAAUAUGCAUACAGUGAUAUUUAUCUUCAUCGUGAUAAAAAUUUAAUGCCGCAAAACCCAGCAGCAUGGAGUGCUUGGAAUUUUCUUGGAAGUAACAACAACAAAGUUUGUGUCACAUACUGGCUAAACAUUCUUCAGAAUAUUGAAGAAGCGGGUAAACCUUUUUUUGUAACUCUAAAUCCAGAUCAUGUACCAGAAAAUACAUUGCUUAAGUGGUCAACUGGCCACCCGGUCCCAUCAGUUGCCGCAUACAAAGCUUCAGUAGAGCUAGACCGUAUUCAAGGGAAAAGAAAAAUCUGGUUUUCUGGGGCAUACCAAGGUUAUGGAUUUCAUGAAGAUGGAUUAAAGGCUGGCAUGACUGCAGCUCAUGGAAUUCUUGGAGACUGUUGUACCCUUAAGACCAACCCUAAACACAUGGUACCUUCUUGGAAAGAACUUGGAGCACGCAUCUUUGUAACUAGAUUCCUGAGUUCCUUUAUUACCACUGGUUCUUUAACCUUAUUGGAGGAAGGAGGAACAAUGUUUACCUUUGAGGGAACUGGGAAAAAGUGUUCCCCCAAGAGUGUUUUGAGAGUUCACAGUCCCCAAUUUUAUUGGAAGGUCAUGACACAGGCAGAUUUAGGCCUAGCAGAUGCAUACAUUAAUGGGGACUUUUCAUUUGUUGAUAAAGAUGAAGGUCUCUUGAAUUUUUUCUUGGUUCUCAUAGCCAACAGAGAUUUAAAUUCAUCCAAUCCAAAAUUGAAGAGCAGGGGUUGGUGGACACCAAUUUUAUUUACGGCCGGUUUGACAUCUGCAAAGUUCUUCAUGGACCAUGUUUCAAGGAAAAAUACUCUCACACAGGCUAGAAGGAACAUUUCUAGACAUUAUGAUCUGAGUAAUGAACUCUUUGCACUUUUCUUGGAUGAAACUAUGACAUACUCAUGUGCAGUGUUCAAGGAUGAAGAUGAAGACUUGAAAGAAGCACAAAUGAGAAAAAUAUCUCUUCUGAUUGAAAAAGCUAGAAUAGAGAAGAAACAUGAAAUUCUUGAGAUUGGAUGUGGAUGGGGAAGUUUAGCCAUUGAAGUUGUUAAAAGAACUGGUUGCAAAUACACUGGUAUCACUUUGUCAGAGGAGCAACUCAAGCUUGCAGAAAAAAGAGUUAAAGAUGCUGGCCUUCAGGACAAUAUCAAAUUUCUUCUAUGUGACUACCGGCAAUUACCAAAGACAUACAAAUAUGAUAGGAUUAUAUCUUGUGAAAUGAUAGAAGCUGUUGGGCAUGAAUACAUGGAAGAAUUCUUUGGUUGUUGUGAAUCAGUAAUGGCAAAUGAUGGACUUCUUGUUCUUCAGUUCAUAUCAAUCCCGGAUGAGCGUUAUGAUGAGUAUAGGCGCAGUUCUGAUUUUAUAAAGGAAUAUAUUUUUCCAGGAGGUUGCCUACCCUCUCUAAGUAGGAUUACAUCAUCCAUGGCAUCCACAUCCAGACUAUGCGUGGAGCACGUUGAAAACUUCGGAAUUCAUUACUAUCAAACGUUAAGAUUGUGGAGAAAAAACUUCCUGGAAAGGCAGAGUGAAAUUUUGGCUCUAGGAUUUAAUGAAAAAUUUAUCAGAACAUGGGAAUACUAUUUUGAUUACUGUGGUGCAGGUUUUAAGUCACGCACACUUGGGAAUUAUCAGGUGGUUUUCUCACGCCCUGGUAACGUUACUGCAUUCACCGAUCCAUACAAAAGCUGGCCCUGAGCACAAGCCUCACACUCAUUCUAGCAGAAUACUUACAUGUUGAUGCUAUAUAGUGUCUCUGUUGUGACUUGUGAUUAUCAACAAAAAAAACUAAAGAAAAUCAUUGUUGUUGUCGCCUGAACAUGGUUAAAAUUAGAGGAGCUGAAUUGUGCUUUUUUCGAGUGGCAAACAACUACGUUUGUGAUAUUUAUUUUCAUGUAAAAAAAAUUAUACUUUUUCAAAAGGAAAUUGCUACUGUUAAAAUUAA